AUGGCUCGGGACCCGGACGUCUUUCGUCCAACACUGGCGACUAUCCCGUCAACAUCCUGCACCUACGUAUUCGAAGAUGGUGGAUUCAGCAGCGGCGGGUUCAGCAGCAGCACCAUGAGCCCCAUUUCACCAGUCGACACACCUCCUUCGACACCUACCAGCAUUGCCAAUUCCUCAUCGUUCUCCUCCUCACAUAAUGGCAGCAAGACUAUGAAAAAAAGGUUCUCGGAUUCGAUUACUGACAUGUUUGCUCUUUCGCUGCACAGACGUCGACCUUCAUUACAACAGGGCCCUACGAUACCCCCAACCAGAACCACCAACAAUGCAGGAAGCAGCUCAAAGUCCAGAAAUCGGUCUUCCUCUGCUACUGCAGCUGGAACGAGCUACCUACGCAACACAACAACUCCAACACUCAACUCAUCACCUUCGAUGGCCACGAUAGCGUCGACAAGUUCUACAAGCAGCAGCUAUAGAGGGGGAUUGUCGAGGCGGGACUCAGUUACAGACGUGGCUCGGAUCUUCCCGCAGCCACCAACGGGGGUGGGUGUGACGAGGGAAAAUCCUAUUGGAGACUCGCCGACAGCUUCGCCAGAACCCAUCAAAACAAUGGCCAGCAGAAAGAUAAUGUCGACAGAACAAUUGAGAGAGGAUGAGGAGUAUCACGGUGGAUUUGACAUGGAAGAUUGGGAUACCUCCAGCUUCGAGGAUGGGAAUCUUGCUGCACAAAAAGCUGCUGCAGACGUUGGAAUGAGGAGGAUGACUACAGGCAUCACGCGAAAGAUAUCGGACUCGAAAAGGAUUCGGCCACCAUCACCUAGUGAUGCCGAAGAGGAAGUUGGGGGAAAUAAAUCGUUAGCCGAAGCGUUUGAUGAUAAGUGUUCGCUAGGGAAACAGAAGGACCAACUAGUGAUUCCCCCAGGAUCUGUGGGGAGCGAUAAGCGGGAAUCUACAACAUCAGCUUCUGCUUCAACAAUACAGGGAUACACAUCAUCUUCUGAUGAGGAAUCGACUGCAUCUUCAGUCAGAUCUCACAGGUCUAUGGGAUCCAGAUCCCGUAGUUCAACAUCUGGAGCGUCAUCCAAAGCUGGCCUGCCCCAGAACAUGUCAUUUACUCAUUCGAAAAAGCGAGGGUCUAAACCACACAAUGCACCCCCACCAUUAAAUCUAGAGGCGCAAACAGACGACCGGGCAUCGGGUUCGAGCACGUCUGCGGUGUUCAUGCUUGACAGCCGACGGCCCACUUCAAGGCCACCGACUGCCCCACCUGCUCGGUCAGCCACCGCUUCUCCGUCAAAGUCGAUCAACGCGUCGAUCAGACAUAAGCAGAGUGGUGGGCUUGAGGUACCCGGAAUAAUCACAAGUCCUGGAUCACCAGGAUCACGAUUGUCAUCAUUGGCUAGUGCUGCUGCCACUCAGGGGCCUAAAUCUCGAUCAAUAUCUGCAACGGCCUUAAACUUAAUUUCACGUUCUGAUAGUAGCUCUUCAACGGCCACAACACCCCACACAGCAAGGCUGAAUCCCGCCACAUCUACAACGCCCGCAGGCCGGACUCAAAAAUAUCUUACCCAAAGAGACCGACAGGGAUCGUCAAAGGUUUCAUUGUCCUCUUAUGCAGCGCAGGCAGCCAAGAGCAAGGCCAAAGGGCAACCAAUACUCGAACCCCCAUUGCCAGAUCCAAAAAAUGCACCAUCAGUGGCGCCAGCUCCCGCUAGUGAUUCAAUGUCAUGGUCUAAACCAAAUGUUUCUGGGGAUAUUCCACCGCCUCUCCGGGCAAUGACGUGCACUGCUGUCGGAAGAAAGCUCGUGAUAUUCGGAGGUGGUGACGGGCCAACGUAUUACAACGAUAUAUAUGUUUUUGAUACCAUUACAAACAAAUACACACGCCCAAAGCUUCGUGAGGGGACACUAGUACCCUCAAUGAGAAGGGCCCAUACGGCUUGUCUGUACCGAUAUGGAAUAUAUGUAUUCGGCGGUGGGGAUGGUGUCAAGGCAUUGAAUGAUGUAUGGAGGCUUGAUGUAUCGGAUCUCAGCAAGCCAUCAUGGCGGAACAUCUCACCAUCGCAGCCUCCAUCUCGCGUUGGGUCAUCAUCAACAUCACUGGUAGACCAUGCGGACCGCCAGGCAAGGCCAACGGCCCGAGGCUAUCACACGGCCAACAUGGUUGGCUCAAAACUCAUUGUCUACGGCGGGAGUGACGGCGAUGAAUGCUUCAGUGAUGUCUGGGUAUUCGAUGUAGAAACAAGCAUAUGGCGCAAUGUUGGGAUUCCACUCAGCUUCCCCAGGUUGAGCCAUACCGCCACGAUCGUUGGCAGUUAUCUGUUUGUUGUCGGCGGACACGAUGGCGUCGAGUACUCGAGCGAGGUUCUGUUGCUUAAUCUUGGUGAGUUUGAUCUUUACUCUACGAAGCCGAUCCAUGGGACUGAUGUGUGGCGACCGAAAGUGACUAUGCAGUGGGAUAAGAGAAAAGUCUAUGGACAGCCGCCAACUGGUAGAGGCUACCAUGGCACAGUUUUGAACGAUUCAAGACUAUUCGUGAUUGGGGGCUUUGAUGGGCAUGAUGUGUUCAAUGACACUUAUAUCCUCGAGCUUGCCGUGAGCAGUUAUUACUCGCAAAUCUCGCACUUUUCCAUCGAGGUAUGA